UUAUUUUUUAAUGGAUCCAAUAAUACAUUUGCAAAAUAUACUUACACUCUCAGUGCACCCACUGAGUUAGUAACCUUGUCCGAUUUUCAAAAUUGCGGCAUUUACGCACACUUUGAACAGAGGCGCUGGAGGUGUGGGGAGAAAAAACUUGUAGUAUCUUUACAAUUUCCCUGCUUAACGACCUUAGUGCGCCAAGAACUGUGAGUUUUGGAGGUACGUGCUCGGGCUACGCUAAUCCACGUGGGUGCAAAUCGUCAGGAAAUCCAGAUUUACAAGAAACUUACGUCAGAGGAGGAAAUUGCAGUUACAAUGGAAACAAAUUCCCUGAAUGAUGCUACAGAUCAAGUUGUGGAUUUGACAAGAAUGCUUAGACGACUAAGUGAUGAUACUGACAGCGAAGAAGUGGAACGAAGAAUACCACUAUUGAGCGCUAAUUAUGAUAUUGAUGAUACUGACAGUGAAGAAGUGGAACGAAGAAUGCUAUUCAGCAUUUAUGAUAGUGAUGAUACUAACAGCGAAGAAGUGGAACGAAGAACGCCAUUCAGCCCUUAUAAUACUGACAGCGAAGAAGUGGAUCGAAGAAGCCCAUUCAGCGUUUGUGAUACUGGUGAUAUUGAUGAUACUGACAGCGAAGAAGUGGAACCAAGAACGCCAUUCAGCGUUUGUGAUACUGAUGAUACUGACAGCGAAGAAGUGGAACCAAGAACGUCAGAAGUAAGCACUGAUUCUGAUAUAAGUAAUUAUACUGACAGCGAAGAAGAAGAACGAAGCGCCCGCGCCGGUGAGUGCUAAUGAAGAGGAUUAUGACGAAUUGAUACAGGAAGAGGAUAAUGAAGAAAAGGAAGAAAAAAAGUAUAUCAUAAUGGAAAA